CCUUUUAAUAAUAUGCAUACAAAUUCCUUAAAAAUCAUCUACAACAAUAUCUUUCACCAAGAAAAUAAUCCUAGAUAAUUUUGGUCCUUCCUCAACCAUUAAGAAGCGGAAAAAGAUGGCAAUCCGUCUGCCUCGGGCUACUCAAGCAAAACAAAUUUUGAGACGAUCAUUCUCAAAUGGAAGUACAAAAUCAACAUUUGUAGACAUUCCAAAAGGCUUUCUUGCCCUUUAUGUUGGGGAACAAGAACAGAAGCGAUUUGUGGUUCCUAUAUCUUUAUUAGAGCAGCCUAUGUUUCAAGAGCUACUUCAACAGGCUGAGGAAGAAUUUGGGUUCGAUCAUUCAAUGGGUGGCCUCACAAUUCCAUGUAGUGAAGACCUAUUUCAUGAUGUUGCUUCUACUUUGGGUGCAUUAUAAAUUUUACGCAACAAAUUUUGACAUCACAAUUUUCUGAACAACUAACCAUUAGGACCGUUUAUAGUUGUAAAUGUAUAUAGAUUCAUAUAGAUACUUGUCCCAGAUGUAUGAAAUAUGAAUUACCUUGGAACUAUUUCGAUUUCACUGUAUUUUAUUUAAUUUAAAUAGCUAUUAUAUGAAUGAAAACUUAGCAUUACCA